CCCUCCACUGUCCAGGAAGCUGGGGACGGGGCUGCUGCUGGAACCUGCACGCCUGUGCAACCCGUGGUCCGACCCACUGAGGACUCAGGUUGGCUCCAGGCGGCGUUAGGACCCUGCGGAGCGCAGGUGAGACUAACAGCUGGAAGAGCUCCCUGGCCGCUGAGGACCCCGCAGGGGAAGGUGGGUCCUGGUCAGGAUCCGCAGCCCCAGUAGGAGCGGCCCCGCCCCUCAUGUCACCGGGAGAAACCCUGGACCCGGUUCCUGACAGCUUCAUCCUGCAGCCUCCAGUCUUCCACCCGGUGAUUCCGUAUGUCACAACCAUUUUUGGUGGCCUGCACGCAGGCAAGAUGGUCAUGCUGCAGGGCGUGGUCCCGCUGCGUGCCCACAGGUUUCAGGUGGACUUCCAGUGUGGCUGCAGCCUGCGCCCCCAGCCGGACAUCGCCAUCCACUUCAACCCCCGCUUCCACACCACCAAGCCCCACGUCAUCUGCAACACCCUGCUCAGCGGACGCUGGCAGAGGGAGGCCCGCUGGCCCGGCCUGGCCCUGCAGAGAGGGGCCGGCUUCCUCAUCCUCUUUCUCUUUGGGAACGAGGAGGUGAGUGUGGAUGGACGGCACUUUCUCCACUACCGCUACCGGAUCCCGCUGUCUCGGGUGGACACCCUGGGCAUAUUUGGUGACAUCUUGGUGAAGGCUGUUGGAUUCCUGAACAUCAGUCCGUUUCAGGAGGGCAGCAGAGAGUAUCCCACGGGACACCCCUUCCUGCUGCAGAGUCCCAGGCUGGUUCGCUCUGAGCCUGAGGGACGAGGCCGCCCGUGCUCCUGUGACACUCAGGGCGUCCUUCACAGACAGAACGCUGGCCUGGGUGUCGCCCUGGGGACGCAAGAAGCUGAUCUCAGCCCCCUUCCUUUUUCACCCCCAGCGAUUCUUCGAGGUGCUGCUCCUGUGCCAGGAGGGGGCGCUGAAGCUGGCACUCAAUGGACAGGCUGUGGGCACCACCAGCCUGGACCAGCAGACCCUGGAGAGGCUGCGGGAGCUCCAGAUCCGUGGAAGCAUCCAACUCUACUGUGUCCACUACUGAGGAGGAUUCCAAGGGGACCCGGCCAGAGAGAGGAAGGCCAGUCCACUCCCAGGGCCCAUGGACAGGCCCACUCUGCGGCCUUCACUAGACCCUCCUCCCGCCACCGUGGUGUCAGGCCUGGUUCACGUCCGGGUCACAAGCCUACGGCUGCAGGGGAGCUGGGCCCCCAGCAGAGGAGGCACUGGGGGUAAAGGUGGCUCCAACUCUGUCCUCCACCAGGGGCCUGGAUUUGGGUCAUCUUCCUUCAGGCCCUAGCGCCCACUCAUGUGGACGGGUUUUGCGGCCUGAUAAGAGUAGUGAAAAGUACAGUUGUUUAAAGAAUUCAGACAUUUAUUUCAUUCUUACCUAGAGGUUCUGGAGAAGGUGGCCCAGGCCAUGGGACAGCUCUGCCCCUCCUGCCCUGGAGCUCUCUGGCCCUGUCUUAGACG